UGAUAAAAUGGAUCUAAGGAAGGCUGCGGCUCUGUGGCUGGGGUUGUGGAGUGCCUGGCUAUGGGCUGCUGCUGCUGCUAGUGGGCUGCUCUCCUCCCACAGGCUCAGACUGACAGGGGGUGCCAGAAGGGCGAUUGCUACUCUACACGGGCACCCCAAGGAUCACUUACUGCUCAGCAAGGAACCCCUGGGCAAGGGCACCGUGGUACCCCAUGAGUACAUGCUGUCUCUCUACAAAAGCCUGUCCAGCGCUGAGCACCAGGACUCCAGGAGCACAACCAGCAGGAACAGGAGCACAACCAACACCAUCACCAGCUUUGUGGACCAGGGGCACGAUGACCUCCCUCCCCAGCCUCCAGAGCAGAAGUUCUUGUUUGAUACCAGGAGUUUGCCCGAGAGAGAUGAAAUAGUAGGAGCUGAACUUCGCAUCCUGCGGCGUUUUCCAGAGGACACAAGUUCCAUAUCAGAAUCAGGGAGUCUGGUCCAUCUCAAUCUCUACACCUGUCCCACUGGUUGGCAAGAGCCCAAGCUUAUAGAUUCCAGACCUGCAGACCUUCUUGAUACAGUGUUUUCCAAGUGGGAAGUAUUUAAUGUCUGGAAGGCUGUGGGAAACAGAAGGCUCUCGGGGGAAACGUUGUGUUUCAUGCUGAAGAUUGUAUCCGAUAUCAAAGCCACAGCCUUCGAACCAGUGCAAAUAGGAUUUAGCCGUGAGGGGCAACUGCCUCAUGAAAAAGCUUUACUGGUGGUGUCUUCCCAUUCCAAGAGGAGGGAAAACUUGUUUAAGGAGAUCAGGGACAAGAUUAAGUCAAUUGGAAAUCCUAAAUUCUUGGAGCCACCGGAUUCAGGUCAACAGUCCAUCGCCAAGAGGAGAUGGAAACGAACAACUCUCCCCACUAGGACAAAUAAUGGCAAAGGUCAUGCGAAGAAAUCCAAAACAAGGUGUAGCAAGAAGCCCCUUCUUGUCAACUUCAAGGAGUUGGGUUGGGAUGACUGGAUUAUUGCUCCCUUGGAUUAUGAAGCCUAUCACUGCGAGGGGGUCUGUGAUUUCCCACUGAGAUCUCAUCUGGAACCCACCAACCACGCCAUUAUACAGACCUUAAUGAACUCCAUGGACCCUGAGUCCACCCCACCCAGCUGUUGUGUUCCUUCAAAACUCAGCCCCAUCAGUAUUUUAUAUAUAGAUUCCGGCAACAAUGUUGUCUACAAACAGUACGAGGACAUGGUUGUUGAGAGCUGCAGUUGUAGGUAG